GGGAGGUGUAGCGAAGCGAGAAGCGCAACGAGGCUGUUGGUGUAAAGGCGCAGAGGGCUGCCCGGGUGAGGCGAAGCGGACCCGCGCAGGAAAUGGGUGCAAUCGGAGAGACGCCCAGGAAGCAGCACCCGCGUAGAGAGGUGCACUCAUACACACACACGAGUAACUCUAGCCGCAUCAUCUCCUCCUCGACCACAGAUCUAUCUAGUCAACUAAGACUUCCGCCAAGGUCACUUACCUUACUUGCGAGGUCAUCGUCCCUUCCCUCCGUACAUCGCCGCUUGUAUCCGCCUCAUACUGGCCGGUCACUUCUGCCAACCACCAUCGUGCUCUCUCGCACGUCCCACCCUCUCUGCCGCUGUGAGGUCCCUCCGACUCUCCUCUUCAGUCCAACAUGGCCAACUUUAUGCCUCCUUCAAUACGAACUCUCAUCUUUGACCUCCUCGCCAAGGCAGAUCUGGCAGCUGUCACUCCAGGCGGCAUCCGUGGGGACCUCGAAUCCAUCCAGACGGCACAGAAGUUUGCACCUCCGGCCGACUCAACUAGACAUAUCCCCGCCGAUUUCGACUUUGCAGCCAACAAGAAGGAGAUUAAGAACCUCAUCAAGGAAUGCUAUGAAGAGGUAGCAGCUCGCAAGGACAUCGCAAGGCCAGCACCAGCUCCUGCUUCUGCUCCUCUCACAAAUGGUGUGAAAGUCAAGUCAGAGGAGGGAUCAGCCCCGCCUUCAGGCCCUUCGACGGCCAGCUCUCCUCCUCGUCCCGCAGCUCCAAGUACCUCAAUGGGUCUGGCUUUGCCUGGUCUAGGAGGCGUCAGAGGCUCCCAUGCUCCGGCCCCUUCAUCACAAGCAGUCGACCCGCCCGUGCGGCCGCCGCCUUCCACUGAUGCCCAAUCCAAGUCAGAUGCAGCCCUCGCGGCAAAGUUAGCUCAGGAGUGGGCUCGGCCAUCCAGAGAUACCAGGGCGGGCUCGUCUACCUCUUCCAGUCGUGGAGGAGCAUCCAAGAAGCGGAAGCAGAGCGUCAAGAGCGAUCCAGAUGACAUCGAUACCGAAGAGGACUCAGAUGUGGAGAGUAAUGCUAGAAAGAGCAAGAGUAGCGCCAGCAAGAAAGCCAAGAAGGUCAAGAGUGACAAGCCUAGGGCCGCAAACCCGAAUAAUCCUUUCAACAAGCCUAUGCUUCUAGAUGCUGCCAUGGCAGAGAUCUGCGGGGCAGAAGAGCUGCCUCGGCAUGGCGUGGUGAAGCAGCUGUGGGCCUACAUCAAAGAGCGUGAUCUACAGAAUGCAAAUAACAAGAGGCAGAUCAUGUGCGACGAGAAGCUACAGAAGCUGUUUGGCAAGGCUACUGUUGACUCCUUCGAAAUGGCAAAGCUCAUCGGAGCACACAUUCGCAAGAAGGAAGACGUGGUGGGGAUGUCAGACGACUGAGGGUGAGGCA